AUGUCGUUACCGCUGCUGGUCGAUCAGGGCGACAAAUCUGUUCCCUGGACAGCCCGACCAUGUACAAGCGCCAGCUGCAAAGCCGCCCAGCACAUUGUCGAGCUCUCACGAUCACUAAUGGAUGCAUGCAAUCCCCACUGCUACGACCUCUUGAAAUCUCUCGGCGAGCAACACGUGGCGCCCACAUUCAGAGCCAAGUUCGAAAGCACAUCCCUCAAUUCCUGGGAAGAAUUCCUGGCCUCUCAACGCUACUGGGGAGAACUGCAUCCGAAAUGGGAGAAUCGAAUCGUCCAUGCCACCGCCGAAGUCAAUGAUAACCAUGCCAAUGGGACUGUCUAUCUGCUCACGGAGAUUUUGCGCUGGAGUCGGGAUGUUAAAAGGACGGCGGUGACGGUUCAUAAGUGGAAGAAGAGUGCAGGCAAGUGGGUUUGUUAUGAGGCCAUGACGAUGAGGGGGCUCGAUCCGAUGCUGGGAGGUGGUGAUCAGGAGGCGAACCCAGAGCCUCCGUCGAAUCAAGAGAACUGA